AAGUUGCAGAAUCUUGAAAGGAGGGAAGUGGAAAUCUGUUGGUGAAGUUAUGAAGUUGAGCUCAGCAGACGUGUUUAUCGGAUUCGGUUUGGUUACACUAGUCGUCGCAUCGAACGCUUUUAUCUCGUCCAUAUCCCAAACGACAUCAAACGCGCUGUCGUGUUUGGGCUCCGACCGCUUCCCUCGUAUUUCGAGGCGAAAAGCACUCCUUUGUUUCACUUCUUCACUCCAUCCAGUGAUUCGGAAAUGUCCGCGACGAUAAUGGCAGCUCACCGGACCAGCCUUCCACUCCACUCCACAUCCAAGCCGAGCCUCAGGCGGAGGCCGGCCAAUCCGACGGUCAGGAUGAUGCAGCAGACGCGCGUGCACCGGCUGAUCGAGGAUCAGGGCAUCGUCCUGAUGCCCGGUUGCUACGACGCGCUCUCCGCCGCUAUCGUCCAGAAAGCGGGCUUCGACGCCGGCUUCAUCUCCGGCUACGCCCUCUCCGCAUCGCUCCUCGGCAAGCCCGACUUCGGCCUCUUGACGCCACCGGAAAUGGCCGCAACUGCGAGGUCGGUCUGCGUGGCAGCUCCGUUGAUACCAAUAAUUGCGGAUGCAGAUACUGGAGGUGGAAAUGCUCUGAAUGUUCAGAUAAAAGACUUGAUAGCAGCAGGAGCUGCUGGUUGUUUUCUAGAGGAUCAAGCAUGGCCAAAGAAGUGUGGGCAUAUGCAUGGUAAGCAGGUCAUACCAGCUGAGGAGCAUGCUGCUAAAAUAGCAUCUGCGAGGGAUGCUAUUUGGAAUUCUGACUUCUUCCUCGUGGCUAGGACCGAUGCACGUGCAACAUCAGCGAAAACCGGCUUCUCUGAUGCCAUUGCAAGGGCUAAUCUUUACAUGGAGGCAGGAGCCGAUGCUUGCUUUGUGGAGGCACCAAGGGAUGACGAUGAGCUCAAGGAGAUAGGACGGCGUACGAAAGGCUACAGAGUAUGCAAUAUGGUUGAAGGCGGACUCACGCCGCUGCACACUCCUGAAGAGCUGAAAGCCAUGGGCUUCCAUUUGAUUGUGCACCCGCUCACGGCGCUCUAUGCUUCGGCCCGAGCCAUGGUCGAUGUCCUCAAGUCCUUGAAAGAGAAGGGAACCACAAGAGACGACCUCGACAAGGUGGCUAUGUUCGAGGAAUUCAACCAGUUGGUCAGCUUGGAGUCCUGGUUCGAGCUCGAGGCACGGUACUCAAAUUUAAGGAGUGCCGUUGGAGUAAAUUCGCAGUAAUUGCCAAAGCUGAAAGGAAAUCAAAUAUUUGCGGCUUCACUAGAAGUCCAGAUUUUGACAGGAGAAUGACCCUCGCAUUUUGCAUAGUAGAUGCACCACUUAAGAAUGCGUUAAGACUCUUCUCAAUAUGACUGCUGUUGCUAAGCAAACUCCAUAAGUAAGUCUGGCUCUCUAAUGGCCGAACCACCAGAAUGCGAAAUGUUUCCUGAAUGAUUUCAGCUUAUGGGUUCGAUCCGAAAA